UUCCGAGCUGGGAAUGCCGCAGCGGCCCGCGGGCCAUUGUUGCGCUCCGGCGUUCCAGAACACCGGGGCGUCCCGGGCGGCAGGGAAACCGCAGGCCGCGCGGGAGGAGAGAGACAUGUCGGUCCUGCGCUCCGGGACGGAGGUGUACGAGCUGGUGGAGACUCUGGGGAGGGGCACGUUCGGAGAAGUGGCCAAGUACUGGCGCAGGAGCACGGGGGAGAUGGUGGCGAUCAAGAGCCUGCGGGCGGAUGCCCAGCGCAGCCGGGUGAUCGCCAACGAGCUGAAGCUGCUGGCCGCGCUGUCCCGGGCGCGGCUGGACCGCUGCCCCAUCGUGCUCUUCCACGAGGCCUUCCGGGACGCGCGGCAGCACUACCUGGUGUUCGAGCUGCUGGAGCAGAACCUCUUCCAGCUGCUGCGGGAGCGGGGCUUCCGGCCGCUGGCCGCGCGGCACAUCCGCGCCGUGGCCCGCCAGCUGCUGGGGGCGCUGGCCCGCCUCAAGGAGCUCUCCGUCAUCCACACCGACCUCAAGCCCGAGAACGUCAUGCUGGUGGACCACAGCCGGUGGCCCUUCCGGGUCAAGCUCAUCGACUUCGGCUCCGCCAGCAUCUUCAGCGAAGUGCGCUUCGUCAGGGAGCCCUACAUCCAGUCCAGGUUUUACAGAUCUCCGGAAGUUCUCCUGGGGCUGCCGUUCUGCGAGAAGGUGGACAUGUGGUCACUGGGCUGCGUGACGGCCGAGCUGCUGCUGGGCUGGCCGCUGUACCCGGGAGACAGCGAGUUGGAGCAGGUGCGCCUCAUCUGCCGGACGCAGGGCCUGCCCGGGGCCCACCUGCUGGACAGGGCCAGCAAGGCCCACCUCUUCUUCCAGAGGGGCAGGAGCUGCAGGGGGGCCGUGCAGUGGCAGCUCAAGCCCGACCCCCAGGGGCCCCCCGUGCAGAGCAGGCCCCCGCUGGCCUCGCUGGACCAGCUGGCCAGCGUGCACCCCCCCGAGGAGGCCCCCGAGUUCCUGCCCGAGGACGUGGCGGCGGAGGCGAGUGACCGCAGGAGCCUGGUGGAGCUGCUGAAGAGGAUGCUGACGCUGGACUCGCACCAGCGGAUCAACCCCCGCGCGGCUCUGCGCCACCCCUUCGUCAGCCUGCGG